AUGGCGGUCCCGGGCACCUCCCGGCCCCUCCGCGGGAAGUCCUUCUACCUCGACCUGCCCGGCGGGAGGGAGGCGCGGGAGCUGGCGGAGGCCAUCCGGUACCUGGGCGGGGUGAGCGGCUUCCCCGGGGCUCACACACCCCGCACCCCCUCCGCGGUGACAGAGAGCUUCCUGAGCAAAGAAGUCACCUGUGUGGUGUCCAGCAACAAAGAGGCCAAACGAGACAAAGCCAGGACCCGGGGAGAGAAGUGGAGCAGUGCAGCCCCAGGAGAGGGAAAAGCCCUGAGCCCCACACCUUCCACCUCCAAAGCUGCCAGACCUCACCAGAGGCCACCAGACACAGUCCUGAUCAGCAGGGGAAAGGAACUGCUGCAGAAGGCCAUGAAGAAUCAGGACACCUGCAGUGGCAGCAGCAUCCUCGCCAACGCUCGCCUCUGGGGAGUCCAGAUCCUGCACGUGGAUGAAAUGUUGGCAUAUGCUCAGCAGCUGCUGCGGGCCAUCUCGGGAGCCAGGAAACGCUGCCAGAAGACAGAGGCAAAAUGUCUGACACCCGGGGCAAAAAUUCACACAGGAACAUUGAAGCCCCCUUUUCUGAAGGUUGAAGACCUGAGCAGGCAAUUCCGACCCUUCCAUCACCAGUUCAAAAGCUUUCCUGACCUGAACUUCCUGGCCCCCAAAGGCUCCAGCCCAUUUGAGCCUCUGAAAAGCUUCUCAAAUUCUUGCAGAGCCAGGGCUGUGGAGGGGUGUCCAAAGCGCAGCAAGGGGCAGAAGAGCCCCCAGUCCCCAGCAGUCUCUGUGCCCAAGAAGAAGAGGGGAUUUUGUGAGUGCUGCCAAGAGACCUUUGAAGAGCUGGAGAAGCACCUCCAGAGCCCCCAGCACAAGCAGUUUGCACUGGAUGACUCCCAGUAUGCUCCUGUGGAUUCUGUCAUCUCCCAGCUCACCAACAACUUCGUGGAGCUCUCAGCCAAGGUGCCGUGGUCCUGCCUGGCAGAUGUCUCCUCCCUGCCUCAAGCACAAGUCCCUGGAGGAAUGGAGAUGCUGCCAGCAGAGCUGGGGAAAGGAAGGCAGCAGCAGGAGCAGUGGGGACUGCUCACUGACACACAGCCUGACACUGACCUGCAGCCCAGGGACAGGCCCCAGGCUGAGCACACCUUCAGCAGGAGCUCCUCUGACUCAGACUGGGAUGUCCAGCUGCUCUCCAGGCUGACAGGCAUCCAGGAGGGCAGGAUGCAGCCUGUGGACAGGGACUUGCUCCAGAGGACACAUGUCAACGUGAGGGACAGUGGGUAUGAGUCUCAGCUCUGCUCUGUCCUGAAGCAGAAGUCAGAGCUCACCUGGGCAGGCAAGGAGGACAAGAACUGCUGGAACUACUGCACAGAGACCAAAGGAGCCUCUUUCCCCAUAUUUGAGACCUUUUGUGGCAGCUGGACUACUUAA